UUCUCCAGUUUCCACAUUUUUGUUCUUGCGCCACACCACAAUGAGCGGUCACACUGGGGACGCCGGACCCGUGGAAGUGGAGCCCAUGCCGGGAUACUUGGACCUCAUCACCAGAGCCUCCACCGUAAUGCUGGGCGCAUGGAGAGACUGUAAUCAUUGCGGUUUGGAGCUCUCGAAACGGACUCUCCUGGAUAAUGCAAACAUUACCUUGACCGAGAUCACCCUGUUCUUCUUUUGUGCCUUUUUGUGGACGCAGGUCAGGCGGGGACUGACACAAUGUCUGUUUCAGCCUCUAGCACAGUGGUGCAGGCUGCUGCCCAAAGAUGCUGCCAAGAUGCCAGAGAGCGCGUGGAAGCUGGUCUUCUACACCAUGUCCUGGUCAUACAGCACCUACCUGCUCUUCUUCACCUCCUACUCCUUUUUCCAUGACCCGCCCUCUAUCUUCUACAACUGGAAGAGUGGUAUGUCGGUGCCUACAGACAUCGCCAUAGCCUACCUGAUCCAGGGUAGCUUCUACGGCCACUCCAUCUAUGCUACGGUCUACAUGGACGCGUGGAGGAAGGACUCGGCUGUCAUGGUGGUGCACCACAUCAUCACGCUGGCACUCAUUAGUUUUUCCUACGCCUUUAGAUUCCACAACGGAGGGAUUCUGGUGUUGUUCCUCCACGACAUCAAUGACAUCCAGCUGGAGUUCACCAAGCUCAACAUCUACCUGAAGUCUAGAGGAGAAGGCUAUCACUUGCUCAACGACGUGCUGUCCAACAUGGGCUCAGUCAGCUUUAGCAUCACCUGGUUCUGGUUCCGUCUCUACUGGUUCCCUCUCAAAGUGCUGUACGCCACAUGUGUGUCCAGCCUCCAGUCUGUCCCCAACUUCCCCUUCUACUUCUUCUUCAGCACUCUUCUCCUGGCACUGCUGCUCAUGAACAUCUACUGGUUCUUGGUGAGGAGGACACACAGGUGUCUUAAUUCAAACCCAAAAAGCAUUUAUGGUCAAUGUUUGUUUUUGUCUUAAACUGCCACAACGAUGACACAAUCUGACCUCUGUUGUGUAUCCUGUUUCUCCCCUGUUCUGUGUGUAGUUCAUUGUUGUUUUUGUAGUGAAGGUGCUAAAAGUGAAGGAGGUGAACGACGUCAGGGAGUACAAGGAAGGAAACAACGUGGCAGCUGGUCUGCUCAGGGAACCUCAGGCAGAAAACCAUGAUGAUGCUGGACAUCACAACUCUGCCCAGGGAAAGCACCUGCAGAAAGGGAUCAACAAAAAGAAGCAUCUAUAACAGUCUCUCCGUUGCCACCACCUGGCACUAGGCUACAACUACAAGCAAGACAAGAUGCCCUCCUUGGACGGCUCACGCUCAAAAAGCAUGGCUGAAGGGAAGAGGAUCACAAAAA